ACUAAAGUGACGAUCCAAAGACCAACAUGGAAGCUGUCAAACAAAACAAAAUGUCGUAAUCUCAGUCUCUCUCCAGCUAUUCCUUGUAGCCUCAGACGCGAAUCUUCCAUUUCCAUUCUUUCUUCCUUUUUAAAGAUCGAAUCAACACAUUCACAAUAACAUUCCAUCAUGUCUAAAAAAGUAGUAAACCCCUAAUUAAGCUUCCUUUCUUCCACAUUCAGAUCACACUCUGACACACCCUCUCACGCAAACUCACCUUCCUCACAAGCUCCGAACUUUCCCUUUUCCCGAGACACCCAUUACCUCAAAACCCCCGAAUCCGACCCAUGUCCGCCUCAUGCGGGGUGGUGGAGUGCGUUUUCGUUCUGGGCUGCGCGCGGUGGCUGUGGAAGCGCUGCACCUACGUGGGCAGCUACGACAGCGCCACUUGGCCCGCCGCCACCGCCGACGAGUUCGACCGGGUGCCGCGCGUCUGCCGCCUCAUCCUCGCCAACUACGAGCCCGAUCUCCGCACCCCGCAGUACCAAAAACCCACCUCCGCCACCGGCCACCGCCUGAACCCGGACUGCGUCAUCAAGCGCGUGACCUACGAGGACACGCUGGGCCACGCGCCUCCGUACAUAAUCUACCUCGACCACGAGAACAAGGAGAUCGUGCUCGCCGUGCGUGGGCUGAACCUCGCCAAAGAGAGCGACUACAAGGUUCUCCUCGAUAACCGGUUAGGGCAACAAAUGUUUGAUGGUGGGUAUGUUCAUCAUGGGUUGUUGAAAUCGGCAGUGUGGUUGUUGAACCGUGAAUCGGAGACGCUGAAGCGGUUGUGGGUGGAGAAUGGUUCGGAGUAUGAGAUGGUUUUCGCGGGGCACUCGUUGGGUUCUGGGGUGGUGUCGCUGUUGACCAUUUUGGUUGUGAAUCAUAGGGACCGUUUGGGUGGGAUUCCCAAGGAGAAGAUUCGGUGCUAUGCGCUUGCUCCAGCUAGGUGUAUGUCCCUGAAUUUGGCUGUCAAGUAUGCCAAUGUCAUUCAUUCUAUUGUUUUGCAGGAUGAUUUCUUGCCAAGAACGGCCACUCCAUUGGAAGAUAUAUUCAAAUCAAUAUUCUGCUUGCCCUGCUUGUUGUUCUUGGUUUGCCUGAGAGACACCUUCAUACCUGAGGGUAGAAAGCUUAGAGAUCCAAGGAGACUUUAUGCACCUGGAAGAAUGUACCAUAUUGUGGAGAGAAAAUUCUGCAGAUGUGGGAGAUUUCCUCCUGAAGUGAGGACUGCUAUUCCUGUUGAUGGAAGAUUUGAGCAUAUUGUCUUGUCCUGUAAUGCAACAUCGGAUCAUGGAAUUAUUUGGAUUGAAAGGGAGGCUGAGAAAGCCUUACAAUUAAUGAAGGCUCAGAGCUCUGAAACUGUGACAGACCCUCCAACAGUACAAAAGUUUCAGAGGUUGAAGACCAUAGAGAAAGAACAUAGAGAUGCUUUGGAAAGAGCUGUUAGCCUGAAUGUACCUCAUGCAGUGGACACUGCUGAGAAAGAAACAUCUGAGAACAAUGAAGGUGACGACGAUGCAUCCGCCAGUGCAAACAAUAACGUCUCAAGUAACCAAUCAAAAUCUAGUGGUGGAAGGUCGAACUGGGAUGAGGUAGUUGAAAAACUUCUAAAGAAGAAGAGUGAAACGGGAGAACAAAACCUGGAAAGGGAUACGAAUGUCACACAAUAACGUCUUUUUCUCUCUUGUUUAAAACUCUAGAUAUCCACACCCAUUCAUAUAUUUGGUUCUUGAGUUUGUUAAUUCGUGAUGUAAAAAGAUAGUUACAAUUGCUUGGACCCCCAGGCGUAUACCAGAGGAGUGCUAUUUGUUUUAGUCCUGAAUUUUUUGUUGAACUUGAGGUUUCCCAUGUAUAAGAUCAAUAAUUUUGUUUCCACCUGUUAUGAAAGAAGCAAGAGUGGUGAAA